AACAGCGUGACAGUCGAAACAAUUUCAUGUAUUUGAUUUUCAGUUUUCUUCAACGACAGUUUUAAUAUUUUAUAAACGCGUUUCUUUGAUCUAGAGGAGUUUGACAAUUAAACCGAAGAAUGUCAUUGAUAAGGACAAUGUCAGUGCGUCUGACACGUCAGUCUCAGGGUUUACUUCAAGCCUGGAUUUGUGGAUCAUGUACACCUAUCAGAAACUUUGCAGCGGAGAAUCAGGCAGAUAAACAACAGAACAACAAAUGUACCGUCAUGCUGAGAGGGCUGCCUUACAAAGCCACUGCUGCCGAUGUCCUCAGAUUUUUUAAAGAUGUGGAUGUGUUGGGGGGAAAGGACGGCGUACAUUUACACGCCCGGACAAUGGGCACCUGCUUUGUGGACAUCAAUAAACAGGACCUGGCUAAAGCUAAGAAGUACAACCUGAGGGAGAUUGGAAACAGAUACAUUGAAAUUCUGGAAGAAACCGAUUUUAAGAGAAUAUACCCUGGCUACACCCCACCUACACCUCAAGAAAAAGAAACACUGGUCAAACUUAAAGGUCUACCUUUUGGCUGCACGAAACAGGAUAUUGCCACAUUUUUCUCAGGGUUUGAAAUUGCACCUCAUGGAAUUAUGAAGCCAGUCAAGAGACAUGCCAGCUUAACUGGAGAAGCCUACGUCAAAUUUGCCUCCAAAGAAAUCGCUGAAAAAGCCUUAACUAGACAUAAUGAAUACAUGGGCUCACGGUAUAUUAAUGUUUAUCCAACAGAUGCAUUGGAAGUGGAUCACAAAAUGUCUGUGCCAGAAUUUACCAUGUCACCCCCUCAUGCUGUGUUUGUGCACAGUCGUAAAUCUGACCUAGGAAAAUUAUACAUUGAAAAGCUUUUUUCUCCAUGUGAACCUAUUCAUAUCCAUCUGUCGGCUGCUGAUGGUAUACGACUGUGGCAAAAUGGAACAGCUGUUGUUGAGUUUAAAACCCAUUCUGAAGCUUUAGAGGCCAUGUCCACAGCUGAUCAAAAAGGAAGCAAUGAGGAGUUCUAUUUGUAUUCUGUUGAAGAUAAGUGACAUUCACUAGUUUCUAGUGGUCAGGCCCAGAGCAGAGGGUCACUGGGUGAAACCUUUUAAAAGUUCUGAAGAAAUAAUUGCUGUGAUAAAAACAAGACUGUUAUCAAUGAGAUGCUCUCAAGAAGUACAUACAUUGUACAUGUUAUAAUGUUUAUAUGUCAUGUGCCUAAAAGAUAACUGAACUUGGCAUGGGUAAUAAUAAUACCAACAUUCGUCACAGUAUACUGUAAACAUUCAAAGCCUGUCAGAGGGGUUAAUCAUCUUUACCUACAUGUAUAUACAUGUAAUACUAAUUAUUGUGCAAGUAUUAUGUUCGGUGUGUGUUCAGAAAACUGUAAUACAUUUCAAAUGUCAGAUUGAAAAUUUUGUGGAAGAAAUAACAGUCCAUCAAGAAAGAGAACUGUUGGUAUUGUAGAUGUGAAAGUUUUUCUAUUUCUAAAAUUUACUAGUACAUGUAAAAAAAUUUCACAUACAAUUACAUGAGUACUGGACAUGUACCGGUAAUUAUACCCCAGGAAACAAGUUGCAAGGGGUUUAAUGUUUUUAAUCAUCAGUAAUUCAGCCCAGUUUUUUUUGGUCAGCUUUAAUAACUCCUUUGAAACGGCUGCACAGAAUUUCAAAAAUCUGUUGGGACCAAAAGUGAUAUGUUCAUAAUUCCUGGAAAUUCUGAUUUCAUUAUUUUUCUGGGAAAUUUUGGCCCUUUUGAUCCGCGAAUGUUGGCCAUAUACCGGUAUUGAAUAUAGUGGUUAACAGUUUUUCAGUGGAACUCCUGUUAAACCAGUGCUGCACAUAUUUUCAUAAAACUUUGUAGGUUUUUUACACAAUGUCUACUAUGAUUCAAUUACAGUGUAUUUUUCUCAGAAUUUUGGCCCUUUUGAUCUUUAUAUAUUGUUGUUGUUAAAGACAAAAGUAUAGAUGUGCAUAUUGAAAGAAGAUUUGAUAUGAUGAUUUUUUUUUCAGGAGUUGCAUAUACUGUAUGCCCCUUUGUUAAAUUAAUUCAAACCUAGCUGCAAUAAUGUAGCCUUGUCUGAAAUUUUUUUUCUCCAGUUAACAUCAGAUAUAAAAAAUCGGAGAGGGUAUAUAUAUACAUUAUUGCAGCUAAUGCGAAUUACCCUGCUAAUAUUCAUUACUGUGGUUCCAUCAAUAUUCUUAAUUUGGCAUCAAUUAUUGCAAAUUUAAUAAAAAUCACAGUCUCUAGGAUGUGUAAAUUUGUGUGCUAUGAUUCUUAUUGUAUUCAAUACAAUUUGUUAUUAAAAAUUGCACUUCAUAGAACAUUUCAUGUCAAGAUUCUUCUUUUAUAUAAUGAUCAUUAAGUAACCUUCUCUCAUUCUGUGUGUGUGUAGGUGUUGUAUUCUUUAUAUUUUUUUUUAAUACUUUGUUAUCAUCUUUGUAUGCCCAAAAGGGCCCAGAAUUAUCUUUUCUUAUCUUUCAAGGGAUUGACACAAUAACGAAAUGCCCAAAAAUUGAUAUUUAUUGAAUAUUAAUUGAUGAAAGCACAGUAUAUGAGUAGCAGUGUAAAUUAAUGUAGGAGGGUGGGGUGUCUGAGCUGAGCUUGCCUAAUUAGUUAAUUUUUCUCUCAUUUUAAUGUUUAAUAGUUAUUUGACAAUUAUACUGUAGUUGUUUCUGCACAAGUAACAACUAAAAUUGGUGCAUCUUCCAUGGCUGAAUAAAUCGAGAUUUUAACAGAC